CCUAUGAAGAAAACAAGGAGAUAAACUUUGUCAUAAAAAAAGGGAAUAAAAAAAAAAAAAAAAUCCCCUAUAUACAUAUAUACAGAAGGGGAGGGUGGGGGGAUCGGUCUGGCAACAGGAUGGUUUGACACAGAGACCUGUAUGGACCAUGAAGGAACUGCUGCUUCACAAUUAACAGGCAAAAAAGGAGACGUUUCCCGAGACAAUCCCUGAGAAAAGGACGAAGGAAUCGCCGGGAGAGACGGAGGAUGGGGUUCCAACCGAUGAAUCAACUGAAAGGCAUGAGUUUAUCCCUGGUUUUGCUACCUGUACUAUUCAUAGUGAUUGUUGUGGGGGCACAAAAAGCUUGUCCAAAGAACUGCCGGUGUGAUGGGAAGAUUGUGUACUGUGAGUCCCAUGCCUUCAGAGACAUCCCGCAGAAUAUUUCAGGUGGCUCACAGGGAUUGUCUUUACGUUACAACAGCAUCCAAAAGUUGAAGUCGAACCAGUUCUCUGGCCUUAACCAGCUGGUCUGGCUUUACCUUGACCACAACUAUAUUAGCUCGGUGGAUGAGGAUGCCUUCCAGGGUAUCAGAAGGCUGAAGGAGCUUAUUUUGAGUUCUAACAAAAUUACCAAUCUAGCCAAUGCCACUUUCCACCCUGUCCCUAACCUCAGAAAUUUGGAUCUAUCCUACAACAAGCUUCAGGUGCUCCAAUCUGAGCAGUUCAAGGGUCUUCGUAAGCUUCUGAGUUUGCAUCUACGGUCCAACUCUCUGAAAACUGUGCCAGUUAGGGUAUUUCAGGACUGCCGCAACAUGGAAUUCUUGGAUGUGGGUUACAACCGGCUCAGGAGUUUGUCUCGCAAUGCCUUUGCUGGUCUCCUGAAGCUGAAGGAGCUCCACCUGGAGCAUAACCAGUUCUCUAAGGUGAACUUUGCUCACUUUCCUCGUCUAUCCAACUUGCAUUCUCUAUAUCUGCAGUGGAAUAGGAUCAGGUCCAUUAGCCAAGGAUUAACUUGGACUUGGAGUGCCCUGCACAACCUUGACCUGUCAGGAAAUGACAUACAGAACAUUGAACCUGGGACCUUCCAAUGUCUCCCCAAUCUACAAAAGCUCAAUCUGGAUUCCAACAAGCUCACCAAUGUCACCCAGGAAACCAUAAAUGCUUGGAUAUCUCUGACCUCUAUAACACUGUCUGGAAACAUGUGGGAAUGCAGCAAAACCAUUUGCCCGCUGGUUUUCUGGCUUAAAAACUUUAAGGGCAACAAAGAGAGCAUCAUGAUCUGCGCUGGCCCUAAACAUAUCCAAGGUGAGAAGGUUAUUGAUGCCGUGGAAACAUACAAUAUCUGCAGUGAAACCCCUGUGUUGGUGACCGAAAGAGCUUAUCAAACAACCAAAGCUCCCCCAAAACCACAAUUUGUACCCAAGCCUACAGUGUACAAGUUGGUGAGUGUAUCUCCAACUUCAUACACACCAAGCCCUUCUCCUGGCCUUCAGACACCCAUGGCAGAACAAGAAUACGAGCAUGUUUCCUUCCAUAAAAUCAUAGCCGGGAGCGUGGCACUUUUCCUGUCUGUGGCUAUGAUCUUAUUAGUCAUCUAUGUAUCAUGGAAAAGGUAUCCAGCCAGCAUGAAGCAACUGCAGCAAAGCUCCAUGAUGAAGAGAAGGCGGAAAAAGGCCAGAGAGUCCGAAAGACAAAUAAACUCUCCAUUACAGGAGUACUACGUGGACUACAAACCUUCCAACACAGAACCCAUGGAUGUAUUGGUUAAUGGAUCAGGACCCUGUACAUAUACAAUCUCUGGCUCCCGGGAAUGUGAGUUAUCUCAUCCCAGAGAUCUACACGCCGUGUCUACACUGGCCCUAGGACACCGGUCACCAGGAGGCUGCACCACCACUACAAGAGAUCCAUCCAAUAAAUAUGGUGAACCUCUGAAAUUCAAGUACUCGAGGCCAGGUACAGUCAGGUCUCCACAGUGCAAGCCUCCCUUUGCUGACCCAAACCUUGAGCUGAGCUGAGACCACAUGCCUAGGAGAUUCCACGGCACAUCAAGACUCUACCAUACUACAGCUAUGACCAGCCCAUGGUCGGAUAUUGCCAGACACACAAGACACUCCUUGUAAAUAAGGGCUAUGAUGGGACAUCUCGAGAGCAAAGAGAAACCACCAACCUAGAGCUUAGUAGGGACCAGAGCUACAUCUCCACCAUAGCUCGCUCAGCAGCACCUGCCAUAUACAUUGAGAGGAUUCCAAACCAAUAACAUCAGGAGUCUUGUUCCUGGAUUGUGCAUCUUGGGAGAGGAAGAAUCGGUGGACAAACACACAGUAACAGAUUACAGUUGUUUGGAGUACCCUGGAGAAAGAAGUUGUGUGCUUGUAUUAUCAAUAAAUAACGCAAAACUAAAAACACUGAGCACGGAAUAGACUUCUGUUUGCAGGGCCAUGGAACAUUCAUGGAUGAACUAGGAACAGCAUGGGGUUUAUUCUGGCUUUAAAGUAUUAUCCUAAGCCCCACUGGUGUAAAAAAAAGAAAACAUAAUUAAAGUUAAUAAAAUAAAAAAAAAAUAAAAAAAAUAAAGUAACACUGGAUCCACGCAAAGGAUUUCUUAACCAGUUUUGGAUCCACUUCCGUUAAAUACGGGAGAAAUAUCUGCUUGUACAUUUGGUUUCUUUUUUUCUACACGUUGCAUGGUUCCAAUACAGAUGAACCAAAAUGGGGAGACUUUGGGGAUUUCGGGGUAGGGAAUGCUUCUUGUUUCAUGUCGAAUAACCCAGUGGAUCUCUUUGAACUGUGUUUCUUUCCUGUUUUCCUGUUAGAAAGGUUUGCUUUUGAUCAGACUACCAACCACAGGGGACAGCGUUGGGAGGAGACCAGCCUCAGCCACUCUGGUGGUUAGAAUCACGGAAAAAAAGAUGUGCAGUGGGAAGCCGUCAUCUGGCCCCUUCAUACAUUCAGACAUAUAAGGAUUAUCAUUCCCAUAUUGGUUUAUUUGGAUUUUAUUGACAAGGUUAAAUCACAAGAGUAUAAUUUUUUUUUAAAUACUAUUAUGAUCAGUUAUAGCUUUUUGUGUAGUUUUUAUCAAUAAAAAAUCUGAAAAACA